CAUAGUUCUUUUAUCACUCCGUAUUAGUUGUGCGAGCGUGUAUACGUGUUUUUAGUUUUUAUAAUAUGUUUUCAUUAAAAAGAGCUUCCUUAAGCCUACAUCAGUUCUUGAUCGACAACAAAACACUACAGCCUGGAAUGGAAGUCAGCAGGGCGAAUCAAACCAAUGGUAAUCCCCCAAGCAGAAGAUCAGAAGUAUGGCCGAUCGAGAGUCAAGAGCACUUAAUACAUGCUUCAAAACAGAACAUCUUUGAAAGGAUACCAAAAAAAUGGAGGGACUACAUUUUAAUAACACUUGGUUUAAUAAUAACAAUACUACUAUUUAGUGUGACAGUCAUUUUAGCUUUGAAAAAAGGGAAGACACUAGCUAUGUGCACUUCUCCAGAAUGUAUUCAUUCAGCAUCUAAUUUGUUGCAGUCAAUGAAUCUGACUGCUGAUCCCUGUGAUAAUUUUUAUAAAUUUGCCUGUGAUAAUUGGAGAGUUGAGCAUGUCAUGUCAGAACCAAGAUUUUUGAACAACUGGUUCGAAGAAAGAAAUAAGAUUAUAAAAAGAGAUAUGCUAGAAUUCUUAGAACGUGAAGAUUCCGAUGAUGAACCAAGGUGUGUUCAUGAAGCAAGGAUUUUGUUUGAUGCCUGUUUUGACUUUGAGUCAAUGGAUAAACAUGGAAUAGAAACAUUGUGGAGAAUUUUAGAAAAUAUAGGAUUACCCAAAGUCCCAUUCAUGAAUAAAAAACCAAAACAAUCAUGGAUUAAAAGCUUGGCUAAAGCCAAAAGAUUUUUGGAUCUAGAAGUUUUAAUAGGCUCUGGUGUUACAACAUCGCUGAAAAACAGUACAACUAACCAAUUAGCAAUAGCCACAGUUGAAGAAUCAGAUAAAUUCCUGAGGAGAAAGUUGGUAGAGACCUCAUAUGAAAAAUUCUUUAAAAGAAGAUUGGAAAAGGGAGAUUUGGAGGUAGUACAGAAUUGGAAGAAAUACUCAACACAGCUUAUGGCAUAUUUAGCAAAAUAUGCGAAUGUCACAGUACCGAAUAUGAAUGAAGUAUUGACUCAAGCGAGCAUUAAAAUUAUCACAAUGAAAGGAAAUAUUUCAGAGAUUGAAUCAUCAGAAAAUGUAACAGGACCUAUCAUAAAUGAUAUUCCAGAUGAAAUGUCAUUCAAUGAGGUUCAAUCGUUUGUUGAUAUGGUGUCGACCAAUGGCCAGUCUAAGAUUAAUUGGAAAAACUACUUCAAAUAUUUGUAUGAUGAUCUUGAUACCGCCUUAAAUUUUGAAGAAGAUUAUGUUCUAGUUUAUAAGAAAAGUUAUUUUGAAUUAUUGUCAUCAAUGUUGGACGAUUAUGACGAAAAAGAUCUUGAAUUGCUCAUUUGGUGGGAGGUGGUCUAUAUGCUUUCUCCUCAUGUUAAUGAAGAACUGAAAACUCUAAAAGACACGUAUGUGUCAAAAAUAGUUCCUCAUAAUCAAGCAGAAUCCAGGUCAACGGAAUGUGCAAGAAUUGUGUAUAACUUCAUGGAUGCUGCAGUCGGGUACUCAGCAGUGGAUACAAUAGAUUUUGACUUAAUUAAUAAGGUUGCAGAUAUCAUAUCCUAUAUUCAAGAUUCUUUUAUUACUUACAUUAAUGAUCUCACAUGGAUGGAUGACAAAACAAAAAUUGCAACAGUUGAAAAAGUUUUAGCAAUAAAGAAGUUUAUUGGAAUACCAAAUUGGAUGCUGGACAAAGAUGAACUAGAUUCUCGUUAUGAAAAUAUUACAAUGAAUGCAACAACAUUUCUCGACAACUUGUUGCAAAUAUUAGAUGUCGAAAUAUCUCAGACACUGGACACUCUGCGAACUGGGAAUGACAAGUCAAUACCCCAAUUCAACCCUUUGGAUAUAAAUGCUUAUUAUGACCCCAGUGGUAAUGCAAUCAGUGUUCCAGCUGCUAUAAUGCAGUUUCCAUUUUAUAAUUUAGGACUUGAGUCAUUAAAUUAUGGGGCUAUAGGUUCAAUAUUGGGCCAUGAAAUGACACAUUCGUUGGAUAGCUUUGGUCGAAAGUUUGAUUUAAAUGGCAAUUUGAAUCUAUGGUGGAGUAAUAAGUCUUCAUUAGAGUUUGAUAAACGCACAGAAUGCUUUGUUAAUCAAUACAGUAAUUAUUAUUUACCUUCAAUAAAUGAAACAGUGAACGGUAAUAAUACACUUUCUGAAAAUCUGGCUGAUGAUGGUGGACUUAGAAAUGCCUUCAAUGCUUACCAGAUGUAUACCAAGGAAAAUAAUCUAAAAGAACUUGGCCUUCCCGGAUUAGAAGAGUUCUCUAGCAACCAGCUAUUUUUUCUUAGUUUUGCUCAAAUGUGGUGUUCUGAAUACACAGAUUCAUCAUUGAGUGAUACAAUAGAGUAUGAUGAACACAGUCCACAGUUUGUGAGGGUAAACAAAGUUUUGCAGAAUACAGCACGCUUUUCAGAAGUGUGGAACUGCCCUGUUGGAUCAAAAAUGAAUCCUAAGACAAAGUGUAAGUUAUGGCUAGACUAGGUAAAAUAUCACACCACACAUUGUUUUGUAUUUAUACUUGGUGUGAAAAAUUUAAAAGUAUGUAUGUACUUUUAUGAAUUAUGUAAAAUAUUAUUGUAAAUAUUAGAUUAAAAAAAUAUUAGUGAGUUGAAGUAUUAGGGACCAUCAUCCGUAGACUAAGUGUGACUAGAAAACUCAAACAUACCGUCCAAUAAAUAUUAUAUUUUAGAAAAGAUUUUUUUUUAGUCACUAAGAGUUCUCAUACCAAGGAAGUCAAAUUGAUAUAUUCUACGUGACUUGUAAGGCUAAUAUCCUUGGUCUGAACAAACUCUGACAAUGUAUAUAAAUGUACUAUAUUUUUAUAGAAGUAUGGAACCGAAACGUUUGAUAUUAAUUUAAAUAAGUUUUGUUAUAAUAACUCCAUUUUUUAAAAUAUUGUAUUUUUAUAGAUCUGUAAUUGAUUCUAAUUGUCAAGUAUAAGGAUCAUUUCUCUGCCAUUUGUUAUUGUCAACUGAUAUGAAUUUUAAAAUAUUUUAUACUUUAUAAUUAAUUUAGCUAAAUUAAAUGAAUCUCAGUUAAUUGAAAAGUAAUAUCUUUCAUAGUAUUUUAUAUUUUGUUUCAUAAUAAUGUUUUUUAUUCUAAUAAUUUCAUUUACAAACAAAAGUUAAUAAGAAAAAGAAAAUGGAGAAAAUAUUGCAUUUUGUAUAAUACAGCCACAGAAAUGACCCUUCUUGGUAUAAUUAUUGACUAAUGUUAAUCAAUAUUAAUUAUGAGCAAUCUUCCUUUUUUAUUUUGGUCAAUUCCAAACUAAAAAUAUAUUACGUGUUUUGAAAUAAUUUAAAAAGUAUUUAUUAUACUUGUUUUACAAACAAAAACUACUAUUCCUUCUUUCUAAGAUCUUUAAUUGGAAAUUGUGAUCAGAAGAAGUAAAUUGAUAUGAAAAUUGUUCAGCUCUAUCAACAAUAACUAUAGCUUAACCAUGAUUAGUUGGCAUCCCAAGGAAUUACUAAUGUAACAGUAAGUUGAAAUUAACAUAUUGUUUUUUUGUUCCUUAAUCUCCAAUAUUAUAGACAAAAUAUUCACAAAUGUAUACAUGUAUUCCAGACAAUAGUGUGAUCUUGUAAUAUGUAUUUGUACAUAAUACUUGAGCUUAAUUAAAAAACAAAAUAUGAGUUUCAAUUUAGUUACGGAUGAGUUCACCCUCAGAUUUACUCAUGGUUGAGCUAUGGUUUCAGACCCCAUUGGGUAAAAGGCCAUUUUGGUCACUCAUUGUUGUCAAUGAGAAUUUUAAUGUACCUGAUUUGUGAUUUUUUAUGUGAUUUUAAGACUAUCAGUCAUUGUAUUUUGUAAAUAUAUGUAUAGAGU